AUGGACGGGUUGAAGGUUCUGGUGUUUUCUUUAUUCCUGACCGCAGUGUGUGUAUCCGGUGCGCCCGUUGAAGAGGAGAACCCAGAUUUUUGGAGAUCUCAGGCUCAGGAGACGCUAAGAUCGGCUCUCGGCAGGAAACUCAACAACAAUGUGGCUAAAAAUGUCGAGCUGUUCCUGGGUGACGGAAUGGGUAUCACCACAAUUACAGCCGCCCGCAUCCUGAAGGGUCAACUGCAGAAUCGAACAGGGGAGGAGACCAUCAUGACCAUGGACACCUUUCCUUACGUUGGUCUUGCUAAGGUGUACACAGUGGAUUUCCAGAUCCCCGACAGUGCGGCUACAGCCACGGCGUACCUGUGCGGUGUAAAGAGCAACCUGAACGUGGUGGGUGUGAGCGCAGCCGCCCGCAACGGAGUGUGUCGCUCACAGAAAGGCAACGAGGUCACGUCCAUCCUAAAGUGGGCUAAAGAUGCAGGGAAGUCAGUAGGUAUAGUCACCACGACCCGGGUGCAGCACGCCACUCCAGCAGGAUCUUACGCCCACUCUGUCAGCAGGAAGUGGUACGGCGACGCCGACAUGCCCGCAGCCGCCAAACGUGAUGGCUGCAUCGACAUCGCAGCACAACUCAUCACCAACACCGACAUCGACGUCAUUAUCGGCGGUGGGCGUAAGUAUAUGACCCCUAAAGGCACAGCCGACCCCGAGUACCCCACAGACCCGAGCUCAGCCGGAACCAGAGGGGACAAACGGAACCUGAUAGACGAGUGGAUCCGGAUGAAGGAGGGAAAGGUGGCUCGUUAUGUGUGGAAUAAAACAGAGUUUGAUGCGGUGGAUCCUGAGAAGACCGAUUACCUGAUGGCUCUGUUCGAACCCGGUGACAUGAGGUACGAGGUGGAGCGAGACCCCCUCAUGGAUCCGUCCAUCAUCGAGACCACAGAGAAGGCCAUCCGCAUCCUACAGAGGAACCCCAGAGGAUUUUUUCUACUCGUGGAGGGCGGGCGUAUCGAUCAGGGUCACCACGCCAGUCGCGCCUCUAUGGCACUGCAUGAAGCUGUCGCCCUCGACAACGCCGUCGCACGGGCGCUGGAACUGACCAAUGAGGAAGAGACGCUGACCAUCGUUACCGCUGACCACUCCCACUCGCUGUCCUUCAACGGGUACCCGUUCAGGGGGAACAGCAUUCUGGGAAAGUCUCCGGUGUUUGGGCUCGACAUGCUUCCCUACACCACACUGAUGUACGGUAACGGUCCCGGCCACAAAAUCAUCAACAACAAACGACCCGACAUCCGCCUAGUCAACACCAAAGAUAAGGACUACGUGCAGCAGGCGGCGGCUCCUCUGGACUCGGAGACCCACGGCGGCGAGGACGUAGCCGUGUUAGCUCAGGGUCCGAUGGCUCAUCUGUUCCAGGGCGUUAACGAGCAGAGCUACCUGGCUCACGCCAUGGCCUACGCUUCCUGUGUGGGAGCCAAUCAGAAUCACUGCGCCUCUAGCCGGAGCUCCGCCCCCGACACGCCCUUCCGCUCGAUGCUUCCUGUACUGCUGAGUGCUGUGACCAUGGUGAUCCUGUACUGACCGAACUUUGAUUUAUUAAUUUAAUAUAUUUUAUUAAUGAAUUGAGUCACAAUGUGAAGCGCUUUCAUAACAGAGACAAUAAAAAAAGAGUUAUUUUGAUGUAAAUAAAAUAAAAUACCAUAAAAAUAAAGAAUAA